AAGUUUGGAUAAACUAACUAAUAAUUUAACUUCUACUCUUGAAAUAAAAUCAAAUGAACAAAAUCCUCUUGUAAAAAUAAAGAAAGUUCUUAUACAAACUCUUGAGUUCCAGAAAGCUUCUUAA